UGCAGCGGAUAUUUUUGUAAACUCUGGAAUCUGUCUCUUUUUCUUUCAUCUCAGAAGCGUGAAGUCGUGCUUUUGCUGAAAUAAAGCCUAAAAAUGGUUACUCAAAAGAAGCAGAAAAAGGCCUUGGAGAGCAUCAAUGCUCGCCUGGCUCUUGUGAUGAAGUCCGGAAAGUACUGCUUGGGGUACAAACAGACCUUGAAGACACUGCGUCAAGGAAAAGCUAAAUUGAUCAUCAUUGCCAACAACACCCCUCCAUUGAGGAAAUCCGAGAUUGAGUACUACGCCAUGCUGGCCAAGACGGGAGUCCACCACUACAGUGGCAAUAACAUUGAGCUUGGAACAGCCUGUGGUCGCUACUACCGUGUCUGCACACUCUCCAUCACCGAUGCUGGAGACUCAGACAUCAUUCGUACACUCCCCGAGACACAGACGCAGUAAAAUGUACAUUUUGGGGCAAAUAAAACUCAAUUAAAAACCAAA